GGCUGCUCCUGUUGGAUGUGAUCACUACGUACGCAGCUGUUUUUUGAAAGUGAGAAAUUGUUUUUAUUUCUACGAGAUAUUAAGACUGUUAUUGAUUGUCUUAUUCAUGUUUCCUGCUUUAUAAUAGCUAACGUGGUUUGCACAGUCAUACCAGACCUAUAAACAUAGCUAGCACGUUUGGUUGCUGGCUAAAUUGCUAACGUUAACUGUCUGAAGAGGACAUUGAAAUAUGUUAGGUCAUGAAUCGGGAAUUGUAUAGUUGCUCCAUGUUGUGGUAAAGCGUAUGUUUGUCGCCUGUGUCAUGAUGCUGAAGAGGACCAUCAAAUGGACCGCUUCCUGGUCAAAGAGGUGCAGUGCUCAGUCUGCAACACAGUACAGCAGGCACAAAAAACCUGCCAGGAGUGUAAUGUUACAUUUGGGGACUAUUACUGUGAUAUCUGUCACCUGUUUGAUAAAGACAAGAAGCAGUAUCACUGUCAGCCCUGUGGAAUAUGCAGGAUUGGACCAAGGGAGAAAUACUUCCACUGUCAGAAGUGCAAUCUCUGUUUAGCCAGUGAUCUACGAGGAAAUCACAAGUGUGUUGAAAAUGUUUCAAGACAGAACUGCCCAGUGUGUAUGGAGGAUAUGCACACAUCAAGAAUAGGAGCUCACGUUCUUCCGUGUGGCCAUCUUCUACACAAAACUUGCUUUGAUGACAUGGUCCGAACUGGUGCGUAUCGCUGCCCACUCUGUAUGCACUCGGCCUGGAAUAUGGAGGACUCCUGGGAGCAGAUGGACAAAGAUAUGGCUCAGUCACCCAUGCCCACUGAAUACCAGGAUGCCAUUGUAAAGAUCAUAUGUAAUGACUGCCAAACCCACUGUACAGUGCCUUUUCAUGUUCUGGGAAUGAAGUGCAGUGGCUGUGGGUCUUACAACACAGCACAGGAUGGGGGACUGAUACAGCAACUCCAGGAGCCACAGCAACUCCAGGAGCCACAGCAACUCCAGGAGCCACAGCAACUCCAGGAGCCACAGCAACUCCAGGAGCCACAGCAACUCCAGGAGCCACAGCAACUCCAGGAGCCACAGCCCCAAGAGCCACAGCCCCAAGAGCCACAGCCCCAAGAGCCACAGCCCCAAGAGCCCCAGUCCCCAGAACCAUAGAAUUAGAAUAUCUAUAAUUAUAAUUCUAUGGAGAAAACAUUAGGAGUCCACCCCAUAGUUAUCUCUCUGCUCCACCCUACUUCCCCAGUCUACACAGACUUAACUAUACUAUCCACAUCUUUCCCAACGUUGCUCUGCCAAGAGUACAGUUAGUCAUGCCUGGGUUCCAGAACCUGGUUCCAGGUACUUGGGGUCCUAAACUUUUAUCCACAGUCUAGUGUGUUGUACAGCAGUUUUGGGAUUGAAUUUCUGUUAUUACAUACCCAUUAAAAAGCCAUUGCUGUUGAACUAUUUGUUUCUCAGAUAAAAAGCCAGCAGAAGAGAAUUGUGAAGGAGGAAUUUAUUUUUUUAUAGAUUCUCCGGUACCUUUUGUAUACUUUUUAGCCAGUAGUUCUGAAAGUAGAACUCGCUAGCCAAAAGUGAUCCCCGAAAAUUGCGCACUGCGUGACGUGCAGAUAUGUGCACCAGAUCAUUGCUCUCUGCUGUGUUUGGUGAGCCAUUGGUCCCGCCCUGCAACCUCAUUGGAUAACGCUGGGCAGACCUCUUGUUGGCUGUCACUCAAAUGUGAGGGGCUGAAGCUUAUUGACUAGAACUCAAAUUGCUAGGCGGUUGGCCCACUUGGGAGGGAAAUGGAUGGAAAAUGGAGUGGAACAGCUUCAAGAAAACAGUUGCUUUCAAACUAGGGAUUUCGUGGCUAAUUAAGGUAAGACAGUAAUACUGCUCCUAGAUUAUGCAUGUAUGAACUAUACAUUGACACAUUCAGUCCAAAGUGAGAGGUUUAAAAAAUACUUUCUUAGUCGCCAAAGUACCGGAGCAUGUCUUUAAUGUGGAAAUCAGAUGCCUAUAAAAUAUAAUAUAGUCAGCCACACAAUUUAUUUUCCCAUUUUGUCCCAAGUUGGAAUGGAUUCAUAUUUGUCAAUAACGCUUUCACAAAAUGUGUUUAUAUAUAAAAAAAAAAUGUGGGGAUAUGUUUUGUGAUGAGUUUGCCAAUGUUUGAGCGGCUUUGCAUGUCUAAAAGCCUAACUAAAUGUUUUAGACUGACAUUUUACAAUAGUAAUGGGAUUUAAUGUUUAUUUGUAAAACUCGGGUAUUUAAAAAAUAUUUUAUAUACUGUGUAACAUCAAAUCGUGUUCAUUCCAUGUAUGAGCUGAAUAUACAUUUUACUUAGUCCUGUGGAUUAUCAUGAAUAACACAUGUAUGUAAAUUAUUGAAUAAAUACUGCAGUUAGACAAUGGCUGUUGGCAACUAUAUCUCACUCCAUGCUUAACUCAUAUUGUUGGUACUGUUGCUCAAACAAAGGAGAGAAGUGGAGUAUGAAAAUAUUGCAUCUGUAUUGCCAUUGGUGUCAUUUAUUGAUGCAGGUGUUGGGAUGCAGUGACAUUUUAAUGUAACUAAUAAUAAAUACCCAUGAUUGUGA